AUGGUGCACCUUGUGUUGUGUCACAGUCUGUCUCUUUGGUGGACAGCUUCGGCUUCUUCCAGCUUCUAUUCCCCCGUGCAGUACUUCGGCACCGUGUCACAGCAUAAUGGCAUGUCAUACCCACACCAAGGCAUAGCAAUCACGAACAACAACGGGAUUGUGAUCGGUGGGUGGUUUGGAAGCAGCGAGUAUUGGAGCUCCACCUAUGAGUAUACACACACUGCCACAAGCAUGCUCGUCUCGACACCAGGCUUAACAUCGACAGACAGCGAGAGUAUCGAGUCUGUGGAUGAGGGUGGCUCCUUGCCUGAAGCUUCCUACACCAAAGGAGUGGCAUACUCCUCCAGCAACAAUUUGAUCGUCCUGGCAGGGUAUACCAAGGGCAACAUGAAGCAAGUUUCAGGCAGUAGUUUCAAUGGCGGCAAUACCUGUGAGUAUAGCCAGUGUACUACAGAUGCAUGGGUGGCAGCAUUCAACACCGCAGGGGUAUUCCAGUGGGGCAGGCAAUAUUCAUCUGGCCAACCCUCGCAGUACACACAGAUCACUUCCUACGUGGACAUGUUCACCGCCGUUGCUGUCUAUAGCGACCAAAUCUGGGCAAUCGGGCACUCAAACGAAGUGAUCUCCUCAAGUUACACGAACCAGGGAAGUUAUGAUAUCAUCCGAGUUGCACUCUACACCAGUGGUAGUGAGAUCAAUACUUUCCAAGAAGGAAGCUCCGGGGACGAUCGAGCCUGGGGCAUCGUCUUCAACGGGAACGGCGAACACUUUGUGGGUGGUGAGACCCAAGGGAAUUGGGACAACAGCAAUGCGGGGGAUUGGGAUAUCUUGCUCAUCAAGUAUGGCGCGUCAGGCACCAAGGAUUGGGCAAUUGUAUAUGGAGGUUCUGCUUGGGAUGAAUUCGCAGCCAUGCAGAUCAGCUCAGCUGGUGACAUCUACAUUUGCGGAAACACGAAAGGCUAUUUGGCGGCUUCGCACGCCGGUGGGACCUACGACUAUUUUCUCGCCAAGUUCAGCGGCUCCAACGGCGCAAAUGAAUGGACUGUGCAACGUGGAACUUCGUACUCGGAGUACGUGGAGGGAUUUUGGAUUGCUUCAACAGGUAACUUCCUGUUGGCCGGCACCAUCGAGGGCUCAUAUCCCCCGGCCACCAUGGAUGGUUCAACUGGCUGGGGCUUUGACGAUGCCUUUUUGGUGGAGCUGGAAGCCUCACCCUCAGGAGCCCCAACGCACAAAAGCACUCAGCUCCAUGGCACUCAAAGUUAUGAUGAAAUUGGACGAGGCGUCGUUCAGGUCGGCAAUGGCAACAUCUAUUUGAUUGGGGAAGUCAGAGACACCUUCGUCCAUGACACCUACAACCAGGGACUCGACAUUUUCGUCCAGUUGAUCACAACGACCACCACAACUGACACCACCACCUCUGCAACCCAAACCACUGUGAGCUCUACUUCGCUGACCUCAUCCAGCAGUACAGCAACUUCUGUGACAAAGACCACCUCGACCUCAUCAUCCGUCACGACGACAUCGAGCUCCUCAUCGAGCUCAACGACGUCGAGCACCACAACAGUAAGCAACACGACAACAACGACUGAAACCACAACAUCUUCGACUUUCUCGAAGACCAGUUCCACAUCAUCCACCCAAACCAACACAUCAUCAACGGUGACCACGCAAACAAGUACAACUACAACAAGCCUGUCAACCAGCCAAACCACAACCUCUUCAAGUGCAACAUCAACACUCUCAAGCACCUCAACAUUGACGUCAUCAAGCAGCAGAAGCAGUACCACUAGCAGCACCGCUAGCAGCACUACAAGCAGCACUACAAGCAUUACCGGCACGACGAGCAGCACUACGACCAGCAUUAGCAGCACGACCAGCAGCACAACCAGCAUCAGCAGCACAGUCAGCAGCACGACCAGCAUUAGCUCCACAGGAAGCAGCACAACGAGCCUCACAAGCCUCACGUGGAGCGUGACAAGCACCGUUUCGCUGCUGGCCGACCAGACUUCGCAGAUCAAUUCGGGUUCUUCCACUCCAGGCGUGACGACUGUCGCGACUACGACAACAGCCGCAGCUGUGGUUUGCAGCACGUUGCCUUCUGGUCCAGGAAUUCUUGCGGACGACUGUGUCGGGAAGAUCGCUGGCGAGAGCUGCCAAGUGCUGUGUGCUGCCGGCUUCGAAGGAGGUCCAACCCAGUAUACGUGCAACGCUGCCGGUGUUUUUGACGGACCCUCUAGCACGCCAUGCCAGCAGCCAACUUGCCCAGUUGAUCAAUUGCCAAGCAACCUUGAUACAACAUGCGGGAACACUCAGUUUGGUGGUUUCUGCUUUGUGCGCUGCCCGCAAGGAUUUGCCUUCGCAGAAGCCAUUUACACUUGCGAGACCACAGGCACUUUCACUGGCACGCCACCAACUUGCGAUCCUUUGAGGUGCAGUAGUGAUGGUUUGCCACAGGAUUACCGGCUCAAUGUCAGCAGUUGCAUUGGAGCAACUGCUGGGGAAUCUUGCCAAGUCACAUGCAAGUAUGGCUUCGAAUCGACCACUGUUGUGCCAGCCUCCAAUUUCCAGUGCGCAAAUGAUGGAAAUUUCUUGGCAGUGGCUUCAGUACCCAAUUGCAGCCCCAAGAAGUGCUCGGCACCGACUCCAUCAACGUCAUUUGCAGUGGCUCCAUGGGCGACUGACUGCGAAGGUGUUACCCAUGGGCAGACAUGUAUGGCAAUUUGCACGGCCGGGCAUUCUGGAUCACCAGCACAAUUCUUGUGCGAGAACGGAGAAAUUUUGGGCGUGGAACCCAGCUGCGUUCCACUCCCUUGUCAGUUCACCGGAGAGGUUCUGGUUGGUGUCGACACGUCGCCUUGCAGUGGAACGACCACAGGGAGCACUUGCCAACGACAAUGCAUCUUUGGGUAUGAAGGGCUGGGUGAUCCGGGGAUGACUUGCCAGAGCGAUGGGAGUUUCUCCUACUCCCAAUUCCAAUGUCAACCGACAAAUUGUGGCAAGCUUUCAGACACGUCCCCUUUCAAUGAGGCGGAGUUCAAAGAUUCUUGUCAGGCUUUGAACUUUGGCCAAUCGUGCUCAGUGCUGUGUGAGACAGGCUGGCAGAUGCAAGGAGAUGCCGUGAACAUGGUGUGCAACAACACUCCUUCGCACAGUGCAGGAUAUGGGUCUGAUGGCGUGCCCGCUGCCAACUCCACUCCACCCACGUGCAUUGGAAAGACUUGCACUGCUCGUCUCCCAAACAUUCGAGGUGCGACUCAUGACUGUGAGAACAAGACCACCUUGGAGACCUGCACGGUGGAUGCCGCCGUGGGUUUCACAAGCAACGGAGCGGCAAGCCUCCAGUGUGGCACUGAUGGUGAGUUCAAGGGCACGUUCCCUGUCAUCACGCCGGCGGUCUGCCCCACUCCUACCUUUGGAGCGGGAGUUGCCAGCACGUGUGCUGACAAGACCAUUGGGGCAGAGUGUUGGGCCUACUGUCUUGCAGGAUAUACUGGAAGCCCACAGGCCUACCUCUGCACUGCGGAUGUGAGCGGUGCACAGGUGAUGCCCGUGAGUGCCUCCAUCAGCUGCUCAGCUCGUCGCCUGGCGUUGAUCGAUCGGCGACUGGCCGCGGGCUGUGGCACUGCAGCGGCAACGGCGCUGGGCUUGACGAUGGAAUUCGAGCACAGUUGUUCAGCACUAUCGGACACAGAGAUUUGCAUCAGCCAUUGCAGCUUUGGUUGGACCUUGAACGGAGAUGCUUCCAUCCUGACGUGUCAAGAUGGCACGUUGACAGGAAGUCUUCCAAGCUGCACUCCUGUGGCCUGUAGCUACAACUUGCCGAGCGCAUUGGGAGUGGCACACAGUUGCACUGACGUCACCACAGGUAGCACUUGCGUUGCCACAUGCGGAGCUCCGGGCUACACCUACAGUGGGUCGCCUACACCCGAAGUCUUUGAAUGCUUAGCCACUGGGGAAUUCCAAGGACAGAAUCCAAGCUGUGCCCCUCUUUCGUGUCAGAACUUGACUUUGUCCUCGCAGUAUGAGCACAACUGUCGUGGCAUGCUUUUCCAAGAUGCUUGCGCCGUGAGUUGUGCAGAAGGCUACACCAUUACUGGACCUGCUUCUCAGUACAUUUGCGGCGAAAGUGGAACCAUCCAGGGUACAUUGCCAUCUUGCACGCCCAAUCCUUGCACGAACACCAUUUCCCCCGAGAUCUUUCAGACUAGCGGUUGCGAUGGCGUUACUACUGGGCAAUCCUGCAACGUUUCCUGCCAACCAGGAAUGAUUCCAAACUCGGCAGAAAUGAGUUGUCACUCCAGUGGCUUUCUGGUGGGCGCACUUCCUUCUUGCCUCCCAGCCAAAUGUCCAGCAAACUCAGUUCUUGAAGCUGCAUCAGUAGCCCACAACUGCCAGAAUGCAUCCUUUGGGCAAAGUUGCAGCGUCUACUGCGCAGCUGGUUAUAAACUGACCCAAGGACCCCUUCAGUGGGAAGAGUUUCAAACGCACAUCGAACAAUUACAGUAA